AUGAAUUCUUUUGGUCUGUUCUGGGGGUUGGUACAGACGCAGUUUAACUACAAGGACAAGUUCGUUCGACACAAUGGUGCACGCGAAUUUGCGGCAAAUUCGCUCAAGGCAUUUUGCGAUGAUCGAGGAAUCGAGCAGCAAGUUACCGUUCCAUAUGCGCAUCAGACCAACGGCACGACGGAACGGACAAUUCGGACCAUCGUGAAGAUCGGGCGCAGCAUGCUUCACUACGCCAAGCUGGACAAGUGUUUUUGGGUUGAAGCGACAAUGACGGCGAUCUCCAUCAAGAAUUGCCUACCAUCGCCCAAGUGCCAAGAUCAAACUCCGUUUGAGAUCGUCAACGGAUUUCGACCAAGUGUGAAGCACAUGCGGGUUUUGGCUGCCGAACGGUUGUGCUGA